CCAGUCGGUGUUCGCUGCUCGCUCUUAUCACUUCGGACAUCGGUGCAUCUCCAGUCCGCCCGCCACAGACGCACUACAGCAGACCGCUCGAGCUACUGUGACAAUGUUCGAUAGUGCUGAAGGGACACUUGGACACAAACCCUUGUGCUACACGGCAUCUUGAUCGAUGUUUUCACAAGCUCUUUCAAUCAUAAACCCGUCGGCAACUACUCUACAACUUCCCAAUUGAAAAACUACGAUAACUUCUGGAAACUUUUCGAGAAGAAUUUGUCGCUGAUAUUAAAUAACGAUGUCUCCUGAGCAACAAAAUGCCAGUCUUCGUUUCUUCAAAAAGCUCAAAGAGGACUGUGAUCACAAGCGACGCUUGAAAUUAGUUUCUGCUGCCGAAGGAGUGACAGAAAUAGAAGAGCUGCAAUGCCCAGCAGUUUUCGAUGGAUUUACGUGCUGGGACGCCACACCUGCCGGAGAAAAUGCUUUCGCGCCCUGCCCAGAUUUCGUUACAGGAUUUGAAAAAACAAGAUUUGCUUUCAGGUCUUGCAUGGAGAAUGGAACUUGGUUCAGGCACCCUCAGACAGGAAAAUAUUGGUCCAAUUACACAACCUGUGUUGAUAUGGAGGACUUAGAGUUUCGGGAGUUCGUGAAUUCUCUGUACGUGACCGGCUACUCUGUUUCCUCAGCCGCACUACUCAUCUCGCUGCUCAUAUUCCUCACGUUCAGGUUGUCAACAAGCUAUGGAAGCCAUAAAUACUCAAAUAUGAAACAGCCAAAAACCGUCACAUACCACAAGAGUCUGAGAUGUACAAGGAUUGCUAUCCACGUGCAUCUGUUCGUUUCAUUCGCAGCCAACAACCUGAUGUGGAUAGUCUGGUACAAGCAGGUGGUGGGAGUCACCAAGGUCGUACAGGAGAAUGAUAUCUACUGCCAAGCGCUGCACAUAAUUCUGCAGUACCUGAUGGUUGCCAACUACAUGUGGAUGUUCUGCGAAGGGCUACACCUGCACUUGGCGCUUGUCGUUGUGUUUGUGAAGGACGAUUGCGCGAUGAGGCUCUUCUACUUCAUCGGCUGGUGUCUGCCCCUUUUUAUAACAACUGUUUACACUCUUGUCCGGAUGUCCUAUCCUCAUGACACUUCGCAAUGCUGGAUGGGAGACAGCUACUCGCAAUGGGUGCUGAUUGUGCCAGUGCUGCUGUCGAUGUUGGCCAGCCUGGCGUUCCUCAUCAACGUGGUGCGAGUGCUGCUGACCAAGCUACACUGCAACUCUGCCAACCCCGCACCAAUAGGCAUGCGCAAGGCCGUUCGAGCUGCACUCAUUCUCAUACCUCUGUUCGGCAUACACCACAUACUCAUUCCUUUCAGGCCCGAGCCUCAUGCGCCACUAGAAAUGACCUAUCAAAUCUUUUCAGCCCUUCUGGUGUCUUUACAGGGCUUCUGUGUGUCGGUGUUGUUCUGCUUCGCCAACGUGGACGUGCAUUGCGCGUUCAAGAACGUGCUGAGACGGAUGCGUCGCAGACGUGCCGGCGACAACAACGGCACCGUAACGCAACAGACGCAGACGCGCGAGAUGGUCUGAGGGCGGAGUCGCACCCUGCGAUUGUCUUCCAUCAGUGUCUGUCAAGUCACGAGCUGCAGGGUGUGAGAAGCUCCUCCAAACCACUUUGGUCCUCCCUAAAAACAACUGACAAAACUCACUCGAACUGUACGGUGGCUGUCAGCCAAGAUAAGUGUUUAAUGUACGUUUAUUCCUGAGACCAUGGUGAAAUAUUUCACGUCGGCUAAUACACCCUUUUCCUCCGUAUGUUCUUUAUUGAUGAUGCUCUUCCACUUUGUGUAGGUGAUGAAUGUAGUCACUAUAUACAUAUUGUACAUAACUAAUACCUAAUCAUUUCAUAGUGUAAAUCAAAUACUGAUAUGAGCGAAGAUUAGUAUUAAAUUUAAUGUGCGUUUUAUAUCUUAAAUCUUGCAUACAUAGAAUUCUACAGCAAAUACAUUUUCCAUGUUUUUCCAUAUCAUCUAUUCUCUAUCACUCGGUGUGAAUGUAGACUAUGUACUUAGUCCACUGAAUGUGGACUAAAUAGUUGCGUGUAAAUAGGUGUGGUAAAUAGUUGCAUGUAGAUAAAUACAAAAAAUUGUGUGCAUAGAGUAAACCAGGAACGGUUUCAAACAUUUUAUUUUAGAUUAUCAAUUAUAUAACAAUCAUUAAUAAGGUUAAUGUGAAAUUUACUGUAAUGUGGUAAUCCACAGUUAUGUUCCCAAUCUGAUUGUCCAAAGUGAAACUACUACACCAAUACCUAUUAUUACUCAGAAGUGAUACACACAAAUAUGCAAUUUCUAUUACUUAGAAGAGUAAUAGUAGUAGGUAUUAACUACACCCAAGCUGUCUCAUCAUUAAUCAGCAUACUUCACAGCAACCAUGUGAAUGAUCAAUUUUCAAGUAUUUCUCAGCAGGAUUCCUCAAAACGUUGCGAAAUGUGGAAAUAAGAGGGUUAGUUUGGAUAUAUCAAUGAAUAUGGGGUUUCCCAAACAAGUUUCUUAUUAUUUGAAUUAAUAUAGAAAUUGAAUGAGUGAUUUUAUGACUACUUGGACACGAAAAUAUUCAUAACUUACUGGUCAAAAACACCAGAUGGCAAUGGACAUGAUAAUAAUUAUAUGCUAUAAACAUCGUGGAGCAUGUUUAGACAUUUUAUAGAGUCAUCUACUCUUGUUACACAGGGAUUUGCAUGCAAUUAAAAUAAUUCAAAGACCUCUGCAGGAAGAAUAUUGAGUAAUUAGAUUACUCACAGUCAUCAUAUCGUCAGUGGAGAUUGAGCUGUUGAUAAAAAUUACUAAUAUGAUCUACACCCUACACUCUGAUCAAUUAAUUAAUACAAAGGAUAAUAAGUAAUGACCAAUACAGUUUAUCACGAUAAUUCUUUCCACGACAAAUAUGUCCCUAACAACAAGCUGUUUACUGCUUGUGAAAACGUUUAAUCUUGAUUCAUGAUAUAAAUUGUUCCCCUUGUUUAGCCGCUAUGAAUAUUUGGAAUAAAAAUAAUUAUUAUUCCUAUGCGAUUAUAAUUCAGUGUGGUUGAAUGUUUACACAUUCCAAUAAUGUUGUAGUUACAAAUAUGAUGUAUAUUGUGGAUGUUAUGCAUAUUAUUCUAUAAAAUUUGCAAAAUAUGAACUCAUAGUAAUAUAUUUUUCUACUUGAAUGUCCUUUGUUAACGGGACUUAUGAGGAAAAAAUAUACGCUACAAAAAAUGUAAAUAGAAUAUAUUUAUUAUCUAAGUAAUUAAACAGUAUUAUUAAAGCUUAUGUAAAUUAUCUAGGAAUAAUCUUCAAUUUAUUAAAGUAUCAACUAAUUUCAGUACGGUUAAGUUUUGUAAAUAUAAUUGUGAGAUCGAUAAGUGGAGAGCAUGAAUAAUAGUAUGUUUCAAGAGAA